UCCUGGGUUGACCUAUAGUCUUAGUCAGAGGCUAUGCGUCACUAUCAGCAAGGGAAUAUACUUAAGACAUGGAUGAUCUCAUACCGUGAAGUCCAAAAACGUGAUACAACUGCUGCAACACUGCUACUUUUCCUUGCGUGCUUCAAUAACCGAGAUAUUUGGUACAAGAUGAUCGAAUGUGGUCGUAAUUGCUCAAAUAUUCCAGAUUGGUUCGAAACACCUGUUAAAAAUAAGCUUGCUUUUAAGGCACGGAUCAAGACUCUUCUUGGGUUUUCCUUCAUUGAAACUAAACAGCAAGAGGAAAGCUACGCAAAACACCAACAGCGGCUACUUCCACAUGCAAAUCAUCUGCUGCAAAGGAAGGCAUAUUAUUAUACAGAUGACACGGCACCUAUUGGAGGGUCUUUUAGGUAUAGUCUAGGCAGUCUCUACUCUGAUCAAGGCAAGCUGAAGCAGGCAGAGGUGUUGUAUCGACGCGCACUGACAGGCUAUGAAAAGGCACUGGUCCUGACCAUUCUAAAACAUGUAUGGCGUCUAACAAUCUGAUUUCCCUUCCCCGCUUCAACACUGGAACCAACACUCUUCAGCCUGAAUUGCCCCAUGGUCCUACAGCGUUUGCUGGAAAUUCC